AAGUCGUACUUCCACCUAUCAAAUCCCCGUGUUUUUUGCGCUUACACCUAUCAAUUGCCGUGUCUAAAUAGACCCGUGUGUCAAAUCCCCGUGUCUAUUAGCCCCAUCGAGCUCGAUGGGGCUAAUCGAGGGCUAAUUUAGACCCGUGUUCAACACGGGUUUUUUGAUAGGUGGAAGCUGAAUAGCCCCGGCAAUUGCAAGUUCUAAGACCCGGCGACAGAUGGCGCGGUGUAGUUGCCUCGGUAUUGCGCAUGCGUGAACAUUGUAAACAUUCCCGCGAAAUUUCUCAGUCUGACAGUUCCCGAAUAACACGAUCGUUUUGACAGUUUUAACCUAAUUCUCUUGCACAAAAUGCCGCCUGAACGAAACCAUUGGACGGAGGAGGAGUCACUGGCGCUUCUGACGAUUUGGGAGCGUGAAGACAUCCAAGCGCAACUGGAGGGGACCACGAAAGAUGGGAAAGUUUACCGGAAAAUAGCCAAUGAGCUGGCCGGUGUGGAUAUUGAACGCACCAAGGAUCAGGUGCAAGAAAAGAUAAAACGAUGGCGCCGGGAUUAUAAAAAGAUCCAGGACAACAAUGUGAAGUCGACCGGCCGAAAACGGUUGACCAUGGAUCAUUACGAAAGGAUCCAUGCAGUCUUGGGCCAUAAGCCGAGUUUUAACCCUGACCCAAGCAUGAUGUUCGAGGGUGGUCGUCGUCGUGAAGGUGCUGCUCGCCGUCAGCACUCGAAGUCAAAGAGACCCAGGUUUACCACCAGCCGCAAUGAUAAACAUGUGAUCAGCGACGACAGCGAUAGUCAAGAUGAGAGUGACAAUGUUGACAUGAUCGAUCCCCGUGCAGAUCAGGACCACGUUCUUGAGGACGACGACAGAUUGUCAUCAGAUAUCAAUGACUAUGACCAUCAUCAUGACCAUGAUGACGUCGAUGAUGAGCUUGUUUUCGAUGGACUAGUGUCAGUGGUGCUGCCUGAUCAACGCAAAUCUAAGAAAAGGACCAGUAAACGUGCUGGCGAUGCUACCUGCAGUACUGCUAGUGGUAGGACAGCAGCAACAGGUGGAUGUACUCCAGAAGAUCUAGUUAUCGCGCCAUGGUUCCCGGAUGAUAGGGCAACACCACCAUCAAGGUCCUCCACUCCAUCUUCCAGAAUGUCUGAAGGAAGGAUGAAUGUCAGGAGUAACAGCUUGACACUUGAAACGACGACUGUGCCAGUGCCUUCAAGUACAAGUACUCCUAAGCCGAAGGCCCCUUCACCUUUGGGAGAAGCAGCUGUACAUAUAGGCAGAGGCAAAGGAAAGGGAAAAACUAAGAAAAAAACCCAAGAAAAACAAGAAAACAAUGCAAGUGAUGGUCUGAUUAAUGACACUGUUAUGACAAUGAUGAAUGCCAUGAUUCAAUCUCAGAGGGAAUCUGAUGACAAGUUCAUUGCAAUGGAGAAAGAACGUCAAGAGCAAGAGCGGAGGGACCGGAUGGCAGAGCAGAUAACAGCUGCUGAGAGGGAAGAAAGACGGGCAAGAGAGGCCAGGGCUCAUGAACUCAGAGUGCUAGAGCUCCUAACUUGUAGGAAUUGUAACCAGGUACAGAAUCAAGGGUAUGGUAUGCAACCACAGCAACGUGCCCAAGCAAGGCAUACUCCAACUGCUCAAAGACCAAGCGUUUUUGAGACAAUUUCUUCCAUGACCUCGGUUCCCACCACCGAAAACACAGCUAACACUUCCAGCUUCCCUUCAAUUACAAGUCUCAGCCCUUACAUGUUCCCAGGUAACUAGUCGUUUU